AUGUAUAGUAACGGUCUUGGUGUACCGCAGGACUACUCCCAAGCAUUCGACUGGUACAGCAAAGCCGCUGCACAGGAUGAUCAACACGCUCAGGGUAACUUCGGAUGUAUGUACAUUGACGGCGAAGGCGUGACGCAGAGCUUUUCUACAGCAAUGGAGUGGUUUAAUAAGUCGGCUGAACAAGGAAACGCAGACGCCCAGGCAAUCAUUGGCUAUUUGUACUAUGACGGUGAGGGAGUGGCAAAGGACUAUUCCAAGGCAAGGGAGUGGUUUGCUAAGGCGGCCGAGCAAGGAAACGCAUUUUCGCAGCACAACCUCGGAUGUUUGUACCAUGACGGACAAGGAGUGGAACAGGAUUAUGUUCAGGCGAUGACAUGGUACCGCAAAGCUGCUGAUCAAGAUUACAUGGAGGCACAAUACAGCGUUGGGCGCAUGUACCAGAACGGUCACGGUGUGCCUGUAGACUACUCGCAAGCAUCGGUGUGGCUCCUCAAGGCCGCCAAGCAAGGCCACGACGGAGCUCAGUAUGCCGUUGGGAAACUGUAUGAGUACGGCGAUGGAGUACCGCAGGAUGUUACGACAGCGAUGGAGUGGUAUCUGAAGGCAGCCAAGCAAUGGCACCGGGACGCACGGAAGCGCCUGGGCUGCUUGUACCAAUAUGAAGCCGGCUUUUAUUAA